AAAGUUAUUCAGGGGAAAAAAGAAGAUGAAAAAAGGUCGGUGCACAUGAAUGAAUGAAUAUAUACGCAUUUCUGGAAGACAAGCUUACAAUUUGUUGAUUCAGUUCGGAUUGGCGUUGAUACCAUCAAGAAUGGAGAAGAUUCUGACAGCUACUCGAAUCUGGUUGGUGGUGUUGGUGGUGGCGUUGUCCUCUCCGCCGUUCAUAACCGGCCACGUUACGCCUCGCACUGUACUCCAUCGGUUGUCUUCAAACAGCUCGUUCUUAACCCGGACGGAGCUUUGGUUUAACCAGACUCUCGAUCACUUCUCUCCUUAUAACCAUGAUAAGUUUCAGCAGCGCUAUUAUGAGUUCCUUGACUACUUUCGGAUUCCAGAUGGACCGAUAUUUUUAAAAAUCUGUGGUGAAGGCCCCUGCAGUGGGAUAAGCAAUGAUUACCUUGGUGUUUUGGCAAAGAAGUUUGGAGCAGCUAUUGUUUCUCUUGAGCAUCGCUACUAUGGGAAGAGUUCCCCUUUCAAGUCAUUGACGACAAAUAACUUGAGAUAUCUUUCGUCCAAGCAAGCUUUGUUUGAUUUGGCUGUUUUCCGCCAGUACUACCAGGAUUCAUUAAAUCUGAAACUGAACAAAAAGGGUGAAAACCCGUGGUUCUUUUUUGGCGUCUCAUAUCCUGGAGCUCUUAGUGCGUGGUUUCGACUUAAGUUCCCUCAUUUAACAUGCGGCAGUCUUGCAAGUUCUGCGGUUGUUCUUGCUGUCUAUAACUUUACUGAAUUUGACCAACAGAUUGGUGAGUCUGCUGGUCCAGAGUGCAAGGCUGCUUUACAAGAAACCAAUCGACUUGUUGAACAAGGAUUUGCAACGAACAAAAAAGAAGUGAAGGCAUUGUUUGGCGCGGGAGAGCUGGAAAUAGAUGGAGAUUUCUUUUAUUUACUGGCAGAUGCAGCUGUCAUAGCGUUUCAAUAUGGAAAUCCAGAUACAUUGUGCUCUCCUCUUGUUCAAGCAAAGAAUGCGGGAAAUGACUUAGUGGAUGCCUAUGCCAAAUAUGUUAAAGAUUAUUUCAUUGGAAGUUUUGGCACUAAUGUCCAGACUUACAAUCAGAAACAUUUAAAAAACACUACGCCAGGUGAAUAUAGCGCGGACCGGUUGUGGUGGUUUCAAGUUUGUACUGAAGUUGCAUAUUUCCAGGUUGCCCCAGCAAAUGAUAGCAUGCGCUCCUCCAAAGUGGAUGCAAAAUAUCAUCUAGAUCUCUGUAAGAACGUUUUUGGAGAGGGCAUCUAUCCGGAUGUAGACACCACAAAUAUUUAUUAUGGAGGCACAAAAAUUGCAGGUUCAAAAAUAGUUUUUACAAAUGGUUCACAAGAUCCUUGGCGCCAUGCAUCCAAGCAAAUAUCAUCUCCAGAGAUGCCAUCGUACCUCAUAACAUGUCACAACUGUGGCCAUGGAACUGAUUUGCGAGGAUGCCCUCAAGCUCAUCUAAAUAUUGAAGGUAAUGCUCAAAACUGUAGCUCUCCCGAUGCAGUUCACAAAGUUAGGCAGCAGUUGGUGGAAAAGAUUGAUCUUUGGCUGUCAGAGUGCCAAUCCACCACUGGUAGGAGUUAUAUCUGAAGCACAACCACCAAGCCCUCAUUCUUAACUCUUAACUACUUUGACCUGUUUAGAAUAAUUUUUCAAGUGUUUUUAGACAAACAAUUUAUAAGUGGUAAAAAAAACACACCCUAAAUCACAGUCUAAUCACUAUCUGUGUGUAUUAUCCUCAAAACAGAUGUUUAAUUGCUCCAUUGAGGACAUAUCAAUCCUACUCUGCACUCUCCUGAUGGGAUCAAGGAACACAAAUUAUGUGGGCAUUUAUGUAAUUUUCUAGGAUUUUUAAAUAAAUCAUAGAUUUUUAUACAUUCAUAAGUUGACCAUCACACUUGUCAUCUGUAAUGUGUUGUUCCAUUGUUAGAAAAUCGAUCUUAUACCUUUUGUUUUCUUCU